AUGGCAGUAAUUAAUGUGUCCGAGUCGACACCUACCGGUGCAUGCAAUGGCACAUAUACGGUGGACGAGAUUGAAAAUGAAUUGAAAGUCGUGAAAAUAGAUGUGAAUAAUGAACUGGCUAAAUUAGACAGUGAGGGUCGGACUGCCGAGGGCUUGGAGUUAAUAGCAUACAUGGAAAGUAUUAACGGACUGAUUGAGGCAAUUGAAAUGAGCAAGCCAACACCCCUACCCGAUACACAAAACAUGACAUGUCGAGUUGAGCAUGGUGUUGCCGCUGAGAUUGCACUGCAAUAUUCCUACCUAGAGGUCCUGGAGCUUAUACCUCGCACUCCUGAACGGGUAAUGGUAGAGACUUGCGGUAAGUAUCAUAAUUUGGGCCAACAACCGGAGCACGUGGUGGCCGAUAAUGCCGAACCAUUCCAUCCACAUCCUGAUCCAGAAUUUCUUGCAAAUUUGUUUCCUGCAAAUUUGGAUCAAAAUGUCAUUAAUGAUGGAGACAUUGAAAUUAUUAAUGAGAAUCCAAACGCCAAUUAA